AUGGAGCAGCUGGCCCAGUUCGUCUCCAAGAGCUUCGAGGACGCGGCUCGCGAGGUCAGGGGUCGCGCCCGCGGCCCCGCCGACCUCGCGACCGGCGAGUGCGACGACGGCCCCGAGGAGCCCCGCCGACAUGUCAGUGCGCCGUUCGAGGACUCCGUGCGGGAAGCGUGCACCGGGCCCGAGGACGCGCCGUCCUCGCCGGAGGACCUCUCCGUGGCGGCGCGGGACGCCCAGGCGACGGUGCCCAAGUUGACCUCCAAGACGCCCAGGACGACUCCCAGGACACCCGAGCUCAAGCUCUCGGUCCGCAAGUUGCUCGGCUGCAGUCCCUCUCCGCCGCCCGCCGAUGACCCCAGGACGCGCUCCCCGAGCCCCGAGAGCGCCCCCGAGGCUCGCCGCCGAUCGCCCGACCCCAAGCAGCCGCAUCGGACUGCAGGACAGGAGGACUCCAAGGCGCCAGGCUGCCGCGGCGGCGGGACCGGGAACGGCAAGCAGCGGCGGUCGCGGACCAACUUCACGCUGGAGCAACUGGCCGAGCUGGAGCGGCUGUUCGACGAGACCCACUACCCGGACGCGUUCAUGCGGGAGGAGCUGAGCCAGCGGCUGGGCCUCAGCGAGGCGCGGGUCCAGGUCUGGUUUCAGAACCGGCGCGCCAAGUGCCGGAAACACGAGAGCCAGCUGCACAAAGGGGUCGCUGGGGUCGCCGGGGGCGCGGCGGUGGCCGGCGGGAUGGUGCUGGCCCCCCGGAGCCCGCCGGCGUCGCUGGAGCCGUGCCGAGUGGCGCCCUACCUGCCGGCCCUCCGGCUGCACCCCGCGGCCGCGCCGCCGACCGCCUCCGCCUUCGACCCGGCCGUCCUCCGCUACGCGGCCGCGGGCGGCCUCUUCUGUCUGCCGCCCGGGCCGCACCCUCUCGGGCUGGCCGCGAGCCUCGCGGCCGCCGCCGCCCGCUCCAAGAGCAGCAGCAUCGCCGACCUCCGGCUAAAGGCGCGCCGCCACCAGGAGGCCCUCGGCCUCGAGAGGCCCGCGUAG